AUGGAUUAUCUAGCAGGAUUAAAACGCUAUCGCAUUUUACAACCAGCCGAUCUGAAUGCCGAAGCGGUCUAUCAAAAUUCAGUGAAACGUAUUGAUGUGUUUAAUUCGUACAUGGGAUACGCAAUGUUCAAAAGAAAAAUCAGCUUAUUAAAUUUUCCGUUCAUGUGGGGUAUUUGUUCUUUACCUAUUUUUCUUUAUUUGGUAAUUGAAACAGCCUAUUGGUAUCGGCAAGAUAUCGAAAAGGCGCUAAUGAGUAUAACUACAUUUGGAUUCGGUAUUCAGAUGGCGUCAAAAGUGUAUACUUUUGUUUUGAAACGUAAGAGAAUUAUUGAUGUGCAUGAUAUGAAUAUGGGUUAUUUUAAUGUCGAUAGCAUGGGAUCUUUGGAAGUUCAAAAAUCGCUAAGCAAAAAUUCCAGCCUGACCUACAUCUUGAUAUCGAUAAUCUUAACAGGCUAUAUUAUUCUGGUCGGUGUUGUUGCCGCGGCACCUGCCUUGUACGGCUUGGUAGCAUCUGAUCCACUGUUACCGUUAGGAUUUGAGAUAAUCCAUUCUGAUUCGUGGAUUGCCUACUGGAUUAACUAUUCAAUUCAAUUGAGCAUGUGCUAUUAUGCUGCUAUGUUAACCACCACCUCUGAUGCAACUUUCAUUUUAUACAUACUUACCUCUACCGGUCAUAUUGAUGCAAUUAUUGGCCUGUUGGAUGAGUUAGGCGAUAUGGCUAGCCAACAAGUUGACGAAAACCAAAUCUCUGAGCAUUUGACAAAGAUUCUUCAGGUUCACCAGUACCAUUUUCACUAUAUGAGAAAAAUUGAGGAUUUAUUUAAAGUUUACUUUCUGAUUGCUAUCGCCUCGUUAUGGGCUUGCAUAACAAUCAGUUUAGCGGCAUUUGUUCUGAUAAACUGGUAUAUCGGUGCAGUUGUGGUUUGUUUUGCGUCUUGUCAGAUAUUUUUCAUGUGCUUUCUUGGAACGCAUAUGCAAUUGAAGAGUGAAGAGCUAAUGUUGAAAGUAGGAUCAUUCGCUUGGUACACGCUUCCUCUACGCGACCAGAAACGAGCGAUUUUAUUUCUCGCUGCAACUCAAUCGCCAAUUACGCUUUCGGCCAUCAUGGCGAGAUUAGAUGUAGCAGCCUAUUUGAAGAUCCACAAAGCUGUGUACUCAAUGCUAAUGGUUUUAUUACAGGUGAAGAUUUGAAUUGAUUGUGUCAUACUUACAAGUUGGGAGAUGUUACAGUUCAUUAGUAAAUGAUUCAGAAGAACAAAUAUUCUCUAUUGUUAUUAGUUGUCAUCAUAAUUAUUCUUGUGUAGGUAAUCCAGGAGACAAAAUAGGUUUCACUGCACUGAAUAAUU